CCCUCGCACAACUAUCACCGCCUUGAGCAGCCUUUCACUCCACACGUUCUCCGUCCAGCACAGGCAUUGUCAGGCCAUGCAUUACUGCACCUAGCUUUUGUCUUGAACUUUCCUCUCACGCGCCUCACUCCGCCGACAAUUUGGUGCUGGAUCGUGCUGUGCACUACGCCAUCACACCCACCUUCCACCCUCCACCACAAACUACUACUUACUGUACUACCACCACCACUACCAUCACACAUACGCACCUACUGCAGCGCGCCUUUCCUUCAUUUUUGGACCUGCAGUUAAGCAAGCAUCCUCUGCUAGCACCAUCGCACACUUACGCCUGUUGUUGCCGCAUUCUCUUCCUUUCUCAUUCUCUUUGCCCUCUUGCCCUUCGCGCCAGACGGGUGAGUGAACACCAUCUCGCAACGACGCUCUCUCGAGCAUUUCGCGAUCCGAUCCACCAUCAUGUCGACGGCCGUCGCACCCUCGCACGCAAAUCCUCCCGCUGCCUCCGCCGCCGCCGAACGACAGAUCUCGCCGCGACAAUUUGCUUCGAUUGCGCCCUCCGCUCCCACAUCCUCGGCGCAUUCGAACAGCCAUGAGCCCUCAGCGAAGCGCGCAAGGAGCAAUGAUUCACCAGAGAUUGCUGGAGAGCGAUCGCUUGCGAAUAGCAAAAGCUCGCCUCUGUCCUUCCGCACUGGCAUGUCGUCUGCCACUAGAGUGAAGAAAGAGCCUGGCUCGCCUGCAGCGCCCUCUUCUCGACCACGACCCAAGCGACUCGAUCUUUCGUCCAGUUCUUCCGCCGCCAUAAGUCGUGCUCCGCAUACCGCUCGACCAGCUCCACCGCUCACCUCGCGAGAAUUGGCUGGAUUGGCUAUUCAGGAUGUGGGGAUCGCAUGCCUCUCGCCAGGCUUUCAGACGAACGAUCCGAGCAUGCGUGAGCAGUUGCAAAGGAGUCUCGAUGUGCGGGAUCACCAAAGACAGAUAAUUGAAGCACGCCUACAGGGAGCCAAGCCAGGGAGCUCACAUGAUAGCGAAGGCGCUCGGACGCAGGAUGGUCAUUCUUUGGGCGGACAUGCCGGUGCGAGGGUAUCUAGUAAUCCUCGUCGGAAAGGACCGCCGCCCGGUCUGUCAAUCAAUGCGCCGUCAGCUGCUCAAUUUGCGAACGAUCGUGUCAUUCAGUCCGCUCCACUCCAUCAGACGUUCACAGGUCUCCGACCUGGUGAGUACCCGCAUACUCGUCAUGUUCAACACGGCCCGAGUGGUCUCAGCCAUAGCAGCCAUGUCAACAAUCCCCAGCCGCCGCCUCAGACGAACAACCGACUGCCGCCCAUAUCGGACGUCUUCCCAAACGACCGACUCGAAGCGUCGCGAGGUCAUAUGAAUGGUUCUCCACGUGGCUCCCAUAUUGCACCUCCUGCACCAUCGCCAGGCUUCCCACCACCGCAAUUUCAGGCUCCUCCUCCCAGUACUCGCGGUCGAGAGUUCCGCUCCUCAGAAGAAGCUAUCCAAGGCAUGGCAGGCGGCCGCGAAGACAUGCUUCCCAAGCGCAUUCACUAUGGAGGUGUUCAACCGCCAACUCCACCUUCACCCAUGCCUCACGCCCAGUACCAGCGUGGUGCGCCGUCAGCGCACGCGUCUUACCGUCCUCAGUCGAUUAAUGGCCGCCGUCGCGGCCGCGAUGAAUAUGAGCGCGACCAGGGAAGCUCCCCACCAACCGGCCCCGCCCCAUCCGGACCCUCGUCUUAUCAUUCAAGGUUUGGCGCGCAUGCCGCCGAACCGCGACACCCUCAUGCGACAGUGGCUAAGAAGGAGGAAUUCAUGCGCUUGAUGGAGAGAGCAUGGGACCUGUUCCACUCAUGA